GGACCGUGAUAAGUAGAAGUAGCUUGACUUGAUAUUUAUUGGCACACCAUGUCUCCUCGUGGCAUUCCCUGAACCUCAUACUUUAGAAUCUCAGCAAAAGCCAGUAUGUGUGCUUAUUGUAGCAGGACGCAUGGCAGCCACCUUGCGUUUUUGUAUGCCACUCUGUUAUUGAGACCAAGUCCUCCUUCCUUCUCUCUACUUGUCUAAAAAGUAAAAAUCCAAGCGUACUUAAUCGUCUUGCUUUGUUCAGAAGGUGUCUGCUAGUGCUUGUGCUUCAUAGGAUCAGCAAUAGGAAGAUUACUUCUUUCAGGGAUUUAAGGGACUGUUAGGCAAUGCUGGAUUCAUCCUAUUAGGGUUUUUUUCUUAGAAGGAAGUGAAGAUGUUUUAGUCCUUACUAAUUACAACUUCUAUAUUACUCAAUCUUCUUUACCCCCUAUACUCUGGGCAAUGCUGGAUUCAUCCUAUGAUGGUUUAGCUCUUGAAGGAAAGAACCAUUGUUUUCAUGUGGAUAAGUAAUUAAUCAUUACUGUUCGCAGUUCCAUGUCCUUCAAGAGGCCGGUAACAUUUUUGGUUUAGCUGUGAAGACAUGAUUCUUCUGUCCUAUGCUUGAUUAAUGUUACAAUUGAUGUCUUAUAAAUGAAUGAUUUAGCAGAAUGGUCACCGUCAAACAAGCACAUUACAAUGUAAUUUGGAAUGCUUAUGCAUCAUGAUGCCUGGCAGCAUACGGUUUCAGACUUUUUUUUCCUAUGAUUCCAAAUAAAUGGCUAUAAACAUAGGACCUGUGAAUCUUUUCGCUGGGAAAGAUUACUGGAGGAAGAGUGAGUCUUAUCUUCACUGGUAGAGCCCUGAGGAGGGGUUGAUAGGGCCAUGACCCCCAUUUUCAAAAACUCUCCUUUUGCUCUGAACCCCUUGUGAAAUUUCCCCUACUCCGCUGCUUGUUACCCUCUGUUGAUUAAGCUUGCCAUUGCACGCUAAAAAAAAAGAGUUUCAUGUUUUGGAUCAUGGAGAGGUCUGACCUGGACCUCGUUGGCAUUUCAGGAUUGCCCACUGAAGAGUUCAUCCCGCAAAGAUGGAUACAAAUGAUAAAAACAUAGAACCUGUAAUUGAUUUAGGAUUUUCCCUGGGUUAUUCCAAUCAGUGCAUUCAGAGAAGAUUGAAGAAUGAUUCAGGUGCAGGUGCAAAUGCAGCUUCAAGUGUAGACAUGACAUUUGUGGCCACCAAUGCCCUGUCUGAACUAGUUUGGUCUCCAAAGAAAGGUUUGAGUCUUAAAUGCGCCGAUGGAACCUUCUCCAACAAAAAACCCUCUCUGUUACGGGGUGCAGGACCAAGUGAUAUGGUAAGUGGAUCAAAUGCUGACAAAGCUAUCGGCAAAAAAGUUUUCAUGACUCCUCCAGAAGAAUCUGACGUGAGGAGUGAAGUUGCUGGAAGAGACAACCCCACAAAGUUCGUUACAAGUGAUACAGGCCUAUUUCCGUUGUUAAGUGAAUCAAGGCAUAAAGUCAAAAUAGCAACUGAUGAUCACAAGGAGGAAAUGAAAACAGCAGUUGGGCUACCUUUUCUGCAGAAAAUGGAGGAUGCAAGAAACAAUAAAGCAGAAGAUAUUUAUGAUCCGAUCAAUCUUCAAGUAGAUGAAAUAUCUAGGACCUGGGAAACCAAAUUUCCAAGUUUGUCAGAUGAAACGAAACUGGAUGUGGCACAGAAUGGCCCAACUUCCAAGGAACCUAAUGUCAGGAUUGGAGGUGUUGGUGAUGCAAGUCACACAUUACAGACAGAAAUUGUUUCGGCCUCGCAAGUUUGCUCUGUGGAAGAAUGUGAAUCUUAUGACACUAAUAUGCAGAAAGCACCAUUAGGAAGAGAACAUUUUGAAUCACCUUCAUGCAUGGAAAAAGAGAGAGAGAAUAAUAUGGGGACUGGUCCCUACAUCUGUCCUCUGGAAAAACUGGAGUCAACUGCAGAGAAUGAUUUUAAAACUCCACAUAGUGAAAAUGUCUGUGAUGUGGCAACUGAGAUUGUAGGAUCACAAAAUGCCAAGGAAGUCCGGAGUAGCUCUCAGCAGGAUGAUGAGAUACUUCCUAAAGACAAUGAUUGUGCCACUAAACAGUCUCCCACAUACAGCAGAACCCGGAGGUAUCAAAUGAAAGGCAAGGCUAAGGCUUUAUCUGAUGGAAAUUUAAAUGAAAGAAUGCUGGACAUGGAUGAUAACAGCCAUGAAAGUGUUGAAAGUUGCAACAGUGUUGGGUUAUUUUCUACUGGCAAAAGGCAACGGAACUUUAAUCCACAUUCUUAUGUUGGGAGCAAAAGUAUCAAAACAAAAAUUCAAGAAAGUCCCGGUUCCUCGUCAUUUGUUAAACAUGAUGGUUCAUUCAUGAAUUGGAUCUCAAACAUGAUGAAGGGGUUCUUAAAAUCAAAUGAAGAUGAGGCACCUUCUCUUGCUCUUACCCUUGCAAAUCACAAGCAUGGACAUGAGGAUCGUGAUAAGAAUCUCAUUUCAUGUAACAGAAAUCAAGAUCAAGGGUGCAAAACCAUGGGAUUUCAUUCGCUUUUUCAGUCAUUGUAUUGUCCCAAGACAAAGGCUCAAGAAACUGUCGCUUUGAAUGCCAAUACUCAAACGGAAAGAUCUAAAGAACUUGGGCUGGACAACAAGAUCUGGGACUCUAAUGCUACUCCAAUAGCCUGUCCUAUGGUGACUGACAAUGUGUACAAACGGUUUCUUCAACCAAAUGAGAAGUUAAAUGAGUCGACAUCUGGAAAUGGUACAGCUCCACCAGCCUUGACCAAACUUUUAUCCACCAAUAUUGCUUCUGGUCAGGAGAUCAGCGGGAGUAACUCUGCAGAGAAAAAAAAUUCAUGCAACAUGGCAACUGAUAAGGAGAAAGAUGGGACAAGCUCCAAUUCCUCUCGGGGUAAACGUAAGAGGAACGAUGCUGAACAGCCAUCUGAAGGCAAGGCCACAAAUACUUCCGGGUACAAAAGUGACCCACUCACAAGCUUGUGGAUAACUCGGCUUUCUCCAAAAACUUCUGGUCCAUUGUCAAACCGGGAUCUUUGCCACAGAAGAACUGGCGAAGCUCUUGAUGGCUUUACCGAUUUCAAAAGGCUGAAGGCUCAGUGGCAGAAUCAUCCGUCUUCUUACCAAGAUAAAAAAAUUGUGGGGGCUAGGGAGGAGGAGCACUUCUCUGAGGACCCGGUAUGCAUGCAAAAUUGUGCCAACAGUACUGAAGUUUCAUUUAGCAUAAAUAAAGUAAAUGGACACCAUGAUGAGAAGUCCAUGUGUAAAAUGAACUCUACCUUGCCUUUUUCAAGAUUCAGAAAUUCAGAGGCGAUGGCUUCUGUCUUUGCAAGGAGAUUGGAUGCCCUCAAGCACAUCAUGCCAUCAUACGGGACAGAUGAUUCUUCUCAUGGAAACCUGACAUGUUUCUUUUGUGGCAUAAAAGGUCACCAUGUGCGAGAUUGUCCAGAGAUAAUAGAUAGUGAGCUUGCAGAUAUUCUAAGAAAUGCUAAUUCAUUUAACGGAGCAAACGAAUUUCCCUGUGUGUGCAUAAGAUGUUUCCAGUCAAAUCACUGGGCUGUUGCAUGUCCUAGUGCCUCUUCAAGAACAAGACAUCAAGCAGAAUAUGGCGCUUCUCUGGUCCAUGAAUCCAGCCCUUGUAAAAUUCUGCUCAAUCCAAGAAAUGAAGACGAUGCAAAGCAGUCAGAUGGCAAGGAUAGUCAAUUGCAAGCUGCUGAUGCACCUACAAUUCGCAAUGGGAAAUUGCAUGAAGCUUCUGCCUCUGGGAAAACGAAUAUGAAUAUGAAACCGUUUGAGAGAGACACUGCUUCAAGUUCUGGGGAAAAGAAGUUGAAAGAAAACCAGGUCAUGCCUUUGAGCAAUUUUAUCAAUAGCCAGAUAUUGGACGUGCCCAAGGGAAUUUUUGAUGCAGUAAAAAGGCUUCGUUUAUCUCGAACAAUUAUUCUCAAAUGGAUGAAUUCCCAUACACCACCAUCACAUCUCGAUGGCUUUUUCCUGCGCUUGCGGCUUGGGAAGUGGGAACAGGGACUGGGGGGAACUGGGUAUUAUGUAGCCUACAUUACUGGAGUUCAAAGUCAGAGUUCAAAACAAAAGUUCAAAAAUUCUAUUGCUGUAAUUGUAGGUGGCGUCAAAUGUUUAGUUGAGAGUCAAUAUAUCUCCAACCACGAUUUCACCGAGGGUGAGCUAAUGGCAUGGUGGUGUGCAACCUUGAAGGAUGGUGGCAAGACACCCUCCGAAGAAGAUUUAAGAUUGAAAGUUGAAGAGAUGAAAGUGUUAGGGUUUUAGGCAGAUAUAGAUUCAGGUGUCGCUUGCAAAAAUACAUAAAAAGUGAGAAGAACAAAGCGCUUGAGUAAGCUUUUGCAUAUAAUGUUUUGAAUUGCCAUUUCUAUUGCUUUUCAUCUGUCCCUCGUAAACAUGACACCAUCGUCCAGUACGUUUGGCAUGGAGGAAUGGCUAGGGAGAGAAAGCUUAUCUUCAUAUUUGUGCUGAUAUAUCCAUAGAUUCUUUAAUUGUCUCUGUGUGUGUUUUUUUUUUAAUUAAGAUUGAUAUAUAAAAUGAUAUGUUUACCCUCA